AGAGUCUUGCAGGGAACUGGUCGUUACCGAAAUAGCUGCUUAAUUUUUAGUCACAUCCUGUUGGACAUUUUGUCUUUUAAUCAUGUCAGAUGGGGUGGUGCAGCGGAGGAGGAAACCGGAACCAGAGCCAACAGCUGAUCGCAGCGAUGAGAAUGCUGACUCAGCCGCGUCUUCAGAUCAGGAGGACAAUGAUAAGUCCACUCGUCUUACGCUGAUGGAGCAAAUCCUUUUGCUAGGAUUGAAAGACAGAGAAGGCUACACUUCAUUCUGGAAUGAUUGCAUCUCUUCUGGAUUACGUGGAUGCGUUUUGAUCGAGUUAGCUAUACGUGGUAGAAUUCAACUUGAAAGCAGCGGAAUGCGUAAGAAAUCGCUAUUGACCAGGAAGGUCACUGUUAAAAACAGCGAGCCAACCGGUGAUGUUAUUCUUGAUGAAGCUCUUAGACACAUGAAAGAAACCAAUCCACCUGAAACGGUGACUAGUUGGAUUGAAUAUCUUAGUGGAGAGACUUGGAACCCGCUCAAGUUGCGAUAUCAGCUCCGCAAUGUCCGCGAAAGAUUAGCUAAAAAUUUAGUUGAGAAAGGCGUACUCACUACGGAUAAACAGAACUUUCUACUUUUUGAAAUAACAACACAUCCUCUCUCUGACGGCAAUCAAAAGACGAAAUUGAUCAAGGAAGUGCAAGAUGCCGUCUUGGGUAAAUGGACAAAUGAUGUUCAUCGAAUGGAUAAGAAGAUGCUUUCUCUUAUAAUAUUAGCUCAUGCUUCCGAUGUACUUGAAAAUGCAUUUGCACCAUUGAGUGAUCAGGACUACGAGAUUGCCAUGAAGAGAGUACGAUCUUUGCUUGAAUUGGAAUACGAUGUACAGGCUGAGAAGAAAGGAAACGAAGUGAUGUGGGCAGUUUUCGAAGCGUUCAGCAAGUGAAGAUGAUUUUUCAUAUGUCGUUAUUUCGAAGUGCGAGUCAGAAUCGUCCGCUGCAGUAUUGCAUGUAUUGACAACGCCGCUGCCGUGUUGGCUAGAAUUUAUUGUCCACUUGUUAGUUGUCGUCGCUUAUGGGUGUAAGGGAACAUAUUUAUUGCAACGCCAUCCAAGAGGGGAUGUUUAAAACUGCUUGAAUGGUAGUUGUGCGAUAGAUAGAGCCCGGCUUUACCCUUCUCCCUCUCUCUCACAUUCUCUUGUUCAUUUUGUAUAUAUUCUGUGCCUUUCGUCAAACUAUUCCAACAGUCAGGCUGUCUUCUGGCCACUGUUAAUACCAUCAUCUAUUUGGUUAUAAAAUGUGUGUUCACCUCUCUUUUUUAGCGACAUACCUACUGUGAUAAUUCAUUCGUUUCGACGUUUUCCAUCCCAUACCACAUACUUGCAAUCAUCAUACCGUGUACGAAUGAAUGAAAUAG